UUCAAAAGUAUUUUCUGUAAUCGUGGGAAUGAGUUCGUUUUGUUCACAAGACGACAUAUUUAAUCGCUCUUAUCAAGCAUUUAACAACAUCUCACCACUGUCUGACAGAUUUUCGAAGUUCCUACGCGAGUAUGCUAAAGAUGAAGAAAAUGAUGACGCUAAGUCUUGGUCAAAAAUCAAAGAUAAUUGCUCAAACAAGAAUGGUGAUUCGCUGAAAACGUCUCUAACUGAAUCAUCUUCCGGUUCACUAAAUACGUCCUUUCUCAGUUCACAAGAAGUCACCAAACGAAGUAACACAGAUAACAGUCUCAUAAAAAACCAGUGUACUCUCAUUCGUAAUAAUCUUAAGUUGCUAAGAUCACAGGUUGACUUCCUGCUGAAAUUCAAUGCUUCUGAGAUAGAGGGGCUGGAUGAUCGAGUUCGCGAAACAGUGAAAAAAGAACUAGAAUCUUUAUUACUUUGGCUUGGACCUAAUUUGCCAAGGAGUGAGGAAAUAAUGCAAAAUCAGAUUGUUUGCCGAUCUGGAAUUAGAAGUACAUCCCCAAAGGUUUUUUCGAGUAGUCCUGAGAUGGUUUCAAAUAUUUUACAGGAAGAUCAGAUUGAUAGCUCCACUUUAUUGUUAAAAGAAACAUGCUCAUUUGAAACAUAUGAAAACAACGCCGUCAAUACUAACAUUCAUUCAUUCAUGAAGAAAAUGGAGGAUGACUUUGAAUGUUUGGCAAACGAGUUUAAAGACUUAGCGAAAAGAAUAGAAAAAUUUGAACAAUUAAAUUGGAAAGAAUUAUUUCAUAAUUUUCGCAUAAAAAUUCAAGAAAAAACAGUGAAAAUGUGUAUAUCAUACAUAAUUCAAAAAUUGGAUCAAAAUAAUAUUGAGAAUAAUCGGUGGUAAAGUGAUUAAAUUGAACACAUAAGAAUGAUGUUUGUAUACUUGAAAGCCAAUAUUUAACACGAUUGAAAGAGUUAUGCAA